AUGCCGCUCAUGGUCGUCACAAACACCAUUGGCGCUGUCGAUAAAAUUAUUGUCUCCAACGCCGCCCUAUAUGGAAUUAUUGAGGAUACCCACCUCGUCGGACAACAGUACAACUGGGUGGUUUCAAUCUUUUACCUCGGAUGGCUCGUCGCCGAGUAUGCCGCCAACGCCAUACUCCAAAAGUUCCCUGUCGGCAAGACUAACGCGGCCGGUCUCCUUGUGCUCAGAUUUCUCCUGGGAGUCUUGGAGGCUCCUUCUUACCCGGGCUUCACCAUCAUCAAUACCAUGUGGUACAAGAAGGCUGAGCAGCCUCUUCGAAUGAUCGUAGCACUUGCGGGCUUCGCGAGUGUAAUGCUCCCUCUUCUCUAUGCUAGGCCAUCCCUAACGACUAUCGCCCCUUGGAAGCUCCUAUUCUUGGUUAUGGGAGUAUUCCAGCUUCUCUGGGGUCUGGUGCUCUACAUAUGGCUACCAGAUUCUCCACUGAAGGACAAUUUCCUAGCUGGAAAGGACAAGUACAUUGGUCUCGACACAGUCCGAGAAAACAUGAUUGGAAUAGAAAACAAGAAACUAAAGUGGUAUCAAGUCCGCAAAGCCUUUACCGAUUACAAGACCUACCUGCUCGUCCUCUUUGUCCUCAGUAUCCAUGUACCAACGGGCGGCUUCGUCGCCUUUGGGGCACAAAUCGUGUCUGAUCUUGGCUUCAGCACGCUCGAGACCAUGCUCCUCAGCAUACCAACAGGCGCGACGCUGACCUUGUCGAGUUUCAUGGUGGCAGUUCCCCAGCUGUGGUUCAAGAACAAGAGAUAUCUGCCUAGCGAGAACAAGGUCGGCCGACUGCUGGCGUACUACUUCUUUUACUUCUUCUGGGGCCCAUACGCGACUGCCAUCUCCCUCAAGGGCAACGUAUCCGGGCACACCAAAAAGCUGGCAGUCAAUGCCGGCAUUUUCGCUGCAUACUGCGCUGCAAAUAUGAUAGGCCUCUAA